CGAAAGUCGAAUCCCAACAAGUAAACCUACGGCCAACCCAUAUUGAUCAUUGAUUUAGUAGUAACCUAGCAUAGUAGGACAAGCAAUGAAACACAAUAUGGACCCAAAACUCAAUUCGAAACGAAUAACAUUACCACAUAAAAAACCAAAAUCAACUUUGACCGACCCAUUUCGUUGACUAACAAUCGUCAAAUGCACCUCCAAAAACUCCGAUUCCAACUCCACCGUAAACUCCUCAGACCCAUCUCCACCACCACCCACACCACCACCACCACCGCUGCUCCGCCGUCAGAUUCUCUCUCCUCAACUGCAACAUCCAUAGCAAACCUCAUCCUCUCAACAGAAAAUCCAAAAACCCUCUCAAAAACCCUACUUUCAUCCCCAAAUUUCAUCUUCUCUGAAUCCCUUGUAAAUCAAACCCUAAAACUCCUCUGGAACCAUGGCCCAAAAGCUCUUCAAUUCUUCACUAUCCUCGAAAACCACCUCCAUUACUCUCACUCUCUCUCCUCCUUUCAUCACGCCAUUGACAUAUCUGCUCGUUUACGCGAUUUCACUACUCUAUGGACUCUAGUCUCUCACCUUCGUUCUCGUAAAUUGGGUCCCACUCCAUUAACUUUCUCAAUCAUCAUUGAAAGGUAUGUUCUUUCUGGUAAACCUGAUAAAGCUGUUCAUAUUUUCUUGUCUAUGCAUAAACAUGGUUGUCAUCAAGAUUUGAAUUCCUUUAAUACCCUUCUUGAUAUAUUAUGUAAAUCUAAAAGGGUUGAGAAAGCUUAUGGUUUGUUUAAGGAGUUUAAGGGUAAAUUUGGGUUUGAUGUUGUUAGUUAUAAUAUUAUUGCAAAUGGGUGGUGUUUGAUUAAGAGGAUUCCUAGAGCUUUGGAGGUGUUUAAGGAGAUGGUUGAGAGGGGUAUUGAUCCUACAUUGAGUAGCUAUAAUAUAAUCUUGAAAGGCUAUUUUCGGACGGCGCAGACGAAGGAGGCGUGGGAGUUUUUUAAGGAGAUGAAGAAGAGGAGGUGUGAGAUUGAUGUGGUUACUUAUACUACUUUGGUUCAUGGGUUUGGUGUUUUAGGGGAGGUUUCUAGAGCUAGGAAGUUGUUUGAUGAGAUGGUGGAUGAAGGGGUUCUUCCUAAUGUUGCUACUUAUAAUGCUAUGAUACAAGUUUUGUGUAAGAAAGAUAGUGUUGAGAAUGCUGUUGUUUUGUUUGAGGAGAUGGGUAGGAAGGGGUAUGUUCCGAAUGCGAUGACUUAUAAUUUGUUGAUUAGAGGGUUGUGUCAUGCUGGGGAGAUGGAGAGGGCAAUGGAGUUGGUUGGGUUGAUGAAGAAUGAUGAAUGCCAUCCAAAUGUUCAGACUUGUAAUUUGUUGAUUAGGUAUUAUUGUGAUGUUGGGGAGAUUGAGAAGGGUUUGGAUGUGUUUGAUUUGAUGGGGUCUUGGGAGUGCUUACCCAAUAAGGAUACAUACAACAUUUUGAUAAGUUCCACUUUUGUUAGGAAGAAAUCCAAGGAUUUGGUCGUUGCAGGUAGGCUGUUGGUUGAGAUGGUGGAAAGAGGAUUUCUUCCUACGAAGUUUACCUUUAACCGUGUUCUCAAUGGGCUUCUGGUGACAGGCAACCAAGCUUUCGGUAGAGAAAUUCUGCAAUUGCAGAGUAGAUGUGGACUGCUUCCUCGGAACUUCAGAUUAUAAAAGCUUAGUGGAUGAACUCUUAAUCUUGAACAUACUUGUCUGACAUAUGAUAAUCUGGAGGGCUUUCUGAUGCAUCAGCAAUUCAGCAGUUGCUCGAGGAUAUUUUCCAACUACUCUCUUCAAUAAACCUAUAAUUUCUCUGUGAUCAUGAUGGCUACGAACCAAGUUCUUUCAAUGUAAAUUACUAUGUAACCGAGCAGCAGAUCCUGAUUUGAAAUAUCAGUUGAUUGAGUUCCAUACUUGUACUGAAUUGAACUCAUGAAGCUCUUGGGGACGGAGAAAACUGGAUUAGAUUGAAUCACUUUAGUGCCUGCAUACUUUCCUAACUUGGGAUCUCAAUAUCCGGUGCUGUGGUUGCAUAUAUAGGAUGUGCACUUUGUAACAGAUGGACGCUAUUGUUUUCCAUCAGUGCUUCAUGCUGUUGUUUGACAUUGGUGAUAUAAAGAUUGCACUGGAAAAUCUUGAGAUCCCUAAUAUCAGUGGAGAUAUCACCUGUCAACUGAGUAGUUCUCCAGAGUCUGCACCUUCUGAAGCCUACUUGAAUUUAGUGAUCUAGUAUGUAAGACACUAAGACAUGAAAUCUCUUAAUUUGUAGGCUGGGAAGAGCAAUGUAGCAACUACUAUGAAACAUCAAGCAUAGGUACUCCGUUUUGGCAUCCGAAUUGGUACAGGUAUACAAGUAUGUAUGUUCAAUUAUUUUUACUAAUUCGCUAAAAUUUAUUAAUAUUCAGUUUACAAAUUACAAUACCUGUGUCUUCUAUCUACUUAACCGCCGUAUCAUGAACCUGUAACGUGUCUGUACCCAUUUAUAUAUUGGAAUUCAAGCAAUCUAGUCUAGCAACAGACGAACCUAAAGAAAUAUAGAUGUUGCUUGGAUGGCCAAGGUACGGCAGAUAAAGUGAGAUACAAAGACCAUAGUCUUCCAUAAACUCGGUUAUAUUUCUUCCGUUUCAUAUUACUCGCUACGCUUCUCAAUUCACUGACUUUUAGGCAAUUUUUGUAGAAGAAAAAGAUAGAGAGUAGAAAGAAGAGGGACUCAUGUGAGAGGAGAAAUACAGAGAGUUUAUUGCCCAAAAAGGAAGUGUAGCAAGUACUGUGAACGGAGGAAGUAUAACCAGUUUGUUGAAAUUGAGAAUUUCCAUUACUUCUGGAAAGAGUAUGUGAUUGAAGUU